AUGUCGGGUAGGACCGAGCUUAAGCAAUUUUUGACUCCAAGUCCGGGAGAUUACGAGCAUGAAAAGAAGAAGACACCCUGGGAGAUAGAAACUGAGAGAAUAAGAGAAGCUAGAAGGAUGUCCACUUGGCAACCACGUUAUCUAGACGCCCUUUAUAGGACGAAGAUGCGUGAAAAUUUACCAGGACCAAACUGUUACAACGUGAAAGGUUCGUUCGAAAAAUACUUCAAGAUUCCCUGCAAGUGCGACCCUUACUCUUUGGAACCACCCCCUUUUGGACAGACUUCCAAAAGAUUCGACGAUAAGCCGCGAACUGAUAUACCUGGUCCGGGUACGUACGAAUCCUUCCAAGGGAUAAAGUGUGUAGGUAGCAUUUUUCCGGCAGCAUUCGGCGUCUGUGCUACUCGAUUUAAGCACGAUCCUGAAGAUUCUGGACCAGGACCGAGCGACUACUAUCCGCUCGUCGGCAACUUGGCGUAUGAGUCCGAGAAGCGUUACAGAUACACCUAUCAAAAACCAAGCUAUCCAGAAAUUUAUUCCGAUGACAUUUCUUUCUACGACGAUGACGAUGAUUACUAUGACGCGUGCUCUCCCGAGAGAGCAGAAGAAAAUAAGAGCAAAGUCUAUCAUGCUGCUUUUAAAUCUAGAGCUGAAAGAUUCCCGAAUCCAGCAAAGGAUGUUCCUGGUCCUGGUGCUUACGAAGUUCUGAAGUCCUACAAAAGGAAUCGUAAUAAAUGUGAAUUCCUGUGUCCUACAACGGCUCCAGCUUUCGGCACACGUAGCAGUAGAAUGCCGAAGCAGGUUGUGCUCGAAACGCCAGAUCCAACAUACUACAACCUGGCUACUGAUAUAGCAGAAAACGUGAAGGGUGGCGUGAUCUCUCAAUCUCGGAGGCACCACGAACGUCCAUUGGCGCCCAGUCCUAAUCGCUAUUGCAUUCAUCCGUAUCUUUCGUCGUCCGUCCUGAAGAAGUCGUUCAAUAUCACUUUGGGAAAACCGAAAGUUGUGGAGAAGUUGGAACCGACGAAACAAAAGAAACGCUGUCCGUGUAGAAGGAAGAAACUUCUUUGGUUCACCGUGGCUCCACGCGAGUACUGGGAAUGUCAGCCGGAGACUUAUUGA